AUGUCUGUUGAACAAUACCUCCAGGAAAAAUUAAUUCCACAGCCAGAUAUUGCAGUAGAGGUGAUUGGAGGAGUACUAGUAUACUGCGAUCCGGAUACAUAUCCGCAAGUGUUACCAGACACCUCAAAAUGGAAGAUAGCCAUAGGGCUGCAUCCAAAAGCUGCACCCUAUUUUAGCAAUGACCAGUUUACAGCAAUGCAGGAGGCAUUGAGUGACAUGCGUGUAUCUGCACUGGGGGAAAUCGGGUUAGACAGGACCGUCAACCAAGUACACUGGAUGUCCCAGGAAAAGAUUUUUGAUAAAUUGUUAGGAUUGGCUAGACCAAACAAACCAGUGAUUCUACAUUUGCGUGGCCAGGCCACGGAGACAAUGUCAGACGCUGUGUAUACUAGAGCGUUGGAAAUUGUGCAGAACAAUUGUGAGCCGGAGCAGAAAAUUCAUCUCCAUUGUUUCCAUGGGAGUGCGAGACAAGUGGAUAUUUGGCGUCGCGCUUUUCCGAACACUUAUUUCAGCUUUUCUUUAAAGGUCAAAAAUUUCCAUGAAGAUCAGAUACUGGCAGCCAGGAAUGUCCCAAACCAUCGUAUUUUGAUUGAGACAGAUUCACCAUAUUGUACUAUCCCAUCCAACAUACGGAUUAAUAAUCCGCGUAGGAUUGGACAAGUAGCAUUGAUUUUAGCAGGUAUCAGGAGCCACCCUGUGGCCGAGAUAUUUGCUCUCACAAGGAAAAAAUGGAAAAAGCCUAUAUGGCUAAAUAGUGGACUGCUAUGUACAAUGUAUGUAUUGGUGUAA